CCAUAUAUGUCCGGCUCCUUGAGGUGCGGGGAUGUAGUCAAAAUAUAUCGAGAUUCAAACCGCUACAAGACAUUUCAGUUCCUUUUUGCUCGAAAGGAGACUGUACUCUGCUUUCUGUCGAGUAUAUGGGCUUGGAGCUUCACAAGGGGGACCAACGAAAAUUCAGAUGAGCAUUCCAGCAGCAGUAUGGGCAGAGAAAUAGUUGAAAAACCUCUCAAAGUACAGAUGGAACCAAUCGAGCUGGCACCUUGAAGCUUGCUUGUGGACUCUAUAUCUUGACGCGGCUUACCAUCUCCUGUUUCUAUUUCCAUCGAAAAACAUUCACUGUCACGCAGUUCGGUCGACAACGAUCUUCGAAGGAAUUGAAGUAACCACUCCGCUCGUAUACAGCUCGUCCUCGUGCCCUCUAUCUUGAUCUGAAGAUGUCCGAAUUGAAUUAUGAGAUAAUCCCCAGCCUCGGGCGUUGAUAAAUGCUAUUAAAUUGGACAGAAUACUGGUAACUAAAUCAGUAGUUCCAUAAUCUCAAUCCUCGAGGUAAGUUUCUCGAACUCGAUUUCGAAAUAUUCUUUUUCAAGAAGUAGUUAAGAAGACAGCAUCGAUUCGUAACCUCGAUAACUUCCCUAGCUUUAAAUUUACUCAUUUAUAAUAGAUACCGGCUUCUAAACAUGGGGCCCAUUUUGACCAAUGUAACAAGGACAUUAUAUUAGGCAAGACAUGAAGUUGUUGCUCUGAACUUUGAGACAAAGUAAGAUGUUUUAGUCAACUGGUAUAAAUCAAUUGUUCCCGAGUGAUCGAAAAGGACAGUUUGAGAACUUAUCCUAAACUCUGCCUUACUCAUCGUCAAUAAUUUUGAAAGUCGCACAUCUUUAGGUGAUCUUUGUGAUUUACUUUGUAAAUUUGAUCUUCAGUGUCUCCAUGUUCCCAAUAUGAUUGUAAGGCGAACAGCCCAUAUUCUCUAAUGGAAAGUUUUUUUGCUCUGAUGAAGCAGCAAUAAACUUGCAUUCACUGCCUCUCUUGUUGCAGUAGACAUCUAUCGGAAAGUUUUUUUGCUCUGAUGAAGCAGCAAUAUACUUGCAUUCACUGCCUCUCUUGUUGCAGUAGACAUCUCAGAUUUUAUCAACUUGUCUUGUAUGUUAUCUUAUGCACGAAAAUUUUCAAGCUUACUCCAGAUUCUGGUGAAUUCUGUGUACGUCAUCCUCUAAGAUGGCCUCUUAAUGAGAUAGCAAAGUUUUCAAGCUGCCACCAAGUUGUCGCAACGAGUUCUAGAUUCUGAACUCAAGAAGAGCUGUCUGUAGAUAAGCUGAGCAGUCCCGGCCAAAGACAAUUCCAAUGUAAUGAGUUGUGGAACUGUCAACACAGAACACACAAUCACAAUAUAAUCAGAGAUUCCGGAGACCAAGGCUAUAUGGAAUGCGAAGACAGUGCACAGAUGACGUAGCUCAAGUUGGGCUCUCGCCAUAUUACAGGUUCAAGCUUGAGAGACUUCAUUAGAAGAAACCGGUGACACAACUGCGGUUUGCAAAAGGAGAUGACAGUGUAAUUCUCGAAAUGACAGUAAAAUCUGGGAUUGCCUCCAAAUCACUUUUGCUGGGAAUAAGAGCCAUGGAACUGUUUCGUGAUGCGCUGGGAUAAGGGUCUACGAGAUGGUCAAUUCUCGAAAUGACAGUAAAAUCUGAGAUUGCCUCCAAAUCACUUUUGCUGGGAAUGAGAGCCAUGGAACUGUUACGUGAUGCGCUGGGAUAAGGGUCUACGAGAUGGUCUUACGUACUAGGUCUGACACUGGCACUGGUGUACGAGGUCCAGUACAACAGCAAGAUCUCAGCCGCUACAGCGCGUGCCAUUAAACAAUCUACCGACCAGCGCCGAAUGUUGGCAUGGCAAAUCUCGAAACUCGGCAUGGCAGCAAGCUGAGCUCAAGCUUGAUGACAUUUCACUCGUCGGGGCUGUCGCAAGAUCAUGGCAUCCGUCGGCCAGAGCCUCACGUAAUAUUAUGCAUCGAAAUAUCUGCUCCUUGAACUUUCCGCCUUCGGGCAACGAUGUACGAGGGUUCCACUUUUCACUAUAGCCACCAAUGUCUGGACGAUGUGGUCGAAAGCCGCGAUCUCCUGAGCUUUGAAUGUUCGCAGGAAACGGAAGCUCGUCCCGACGACGGUCAUGAGCGAGUGUGCGAGUGUGCGAGAGUGUGAGGGACCGAGCCACUGAGCGACCGAAAGGUAGCAAGCAAGAUUGAGGAACCCGAAAGCGACCUUCAGAGAGUCAAACGAAUCAACAUGACUCGACAGCGUGAGCAUUUAUGCGCGCUGAGUAGAGCAAGUGUCCGAGACGGCUUGUACUUAGCUUGGACCCCGUCAAUCAUCAUCACAGCAGCCAAUUUUGGUGUUCAGCAGUCGGUGCACGAGAUUGCUCCUGUAGCUGGUCAUGACCGGGGCGAAUAUGAACAUGUAUAUAAUCCUGCUUGCUCUGUUAGCUGUCAGCCGAUUAUAAGAACCUCUCUCGAGGCUAUUAAACGACAAAGCGUCUGUAGACAAAUACUAGUAUAUGUCCUCCUCAUGUACACGAGCCCCUGGACCUUGUUUACGUGGAUGGCAGCGCCAUCUCAGACUGGUACGUACAUACUUGUACUCCUAUCUCUCUCUCUCUCCAGAUCUCUCACUCCCUCACUCACUCAAUCACUCACUCACUCACUCACUCACUUACUCACUGAGCUUGCGCUUCACUUCAUGCGUCGGUUAGCUUCCUGGGCCUGCCUGCCUGCCUCCCUCGAGCCCUCCUUCCUGCCUGCCCUCACCUCCCCUCCCCUCCAUUCAUGCUUGCACUUCACUACUUGUUGACAAGUCCGGGGAUGGAAACGACUAUCACGAGUAGCUAGCUAGCCUUUACAGGUAAUGCUGUAAAAUAGUUACGCCUGCCAAGAUCGAUCACGAGAGGCCUCACAGGGCUCAUCAUGAAUUCCAACACUGUGCAUGCGCUGCGGGGUCUAUAUAGCCUGCAGGUGGCCGAGUAUCUUUCACAGCCGACGAAGACCCGGGUGUCAAUUUACAUACCUAGUACGUCUCCGACCCACCUUCGCCUCGCCCCUUGCUUAUAAGCCCCAAUGCCGAUCAGAGCUCCGAAUGAUCCAGCCCCACCACCAGCGGUACCUUUUGAGCCUCAGGAGUCUGUCUGCUGCUGCUGCAGGGUCUGGUCAUGGGGGCGAGUGAAAUGUGGCUCUUGCAAUGGACCGAUCGAUAACACGUUCGGAGAGUGAUCAUGAUGAACACCAACAGCAGCAGACCUAGUGACGGCCGUGGUGAUCGGAAGGACUACAUGGCAGGAGCUAAGCUGCUGUUGCAGCUGCAAUGAAACUCAUUGUGAACCAUUGCAGCCUAAGCAGGUGCUCUUCUUCGAACGAUGGGAGGAGGCAUCAUCUAACAGGAAAAGCCAGGCAUAUAACUAUUAAUCUCAGAAUUUGCCCCGAGUUGUAAUCCACUCGUAGCAUUCAAGUAGUGAUUCGUUUUUGGAUGAACUAGUCCUAAGCUAAAUAUUAUUCAAGCGAUUGAGAUACAUUGAUGUAAUAGAAGCUUCUUCACAUAAUAGAAGUUAUCUACUACUACGUCAAGCGAGCUAUCAGCUGUAACGGCAGCAGUGUAAUUUUGCCUUCCUUGCUUGCUCAUAUUUCGAGAUGAGAUGAGGCUCAUGACCCAGCCAGAUAGAGAGAUUCAACAAACAUUGUCCCACCGUGGCCCCUGGUGACCCAUAGGUAGCUGCAAUUUCAGCAGUUGCUGAUUUUUUUUCAGUAAAUCAUCAUCCUCAUCUCACAUUUGUCACGACCUCCCAAUCGUAUUAUCAUGCGUCUCCAAAGUAUCCAUCUGCCUCCUCCAUGCAAAUCAGUGGAUUCUACUCGUUGAUUAUCCGUCUGUACAGCUUCACUGCUCGGAAUAUGCAACUGAACAACUCCAUCCGCUCGAACAAUAUGUACUCCCUGUGCUCUCAAAUUGCAGUCAGUCUCUGGGUCAUUCCUGUACUUGUGGAGCUCGAGAUAAAUCUGGAAACACUACGUCGACUGGUCACGAAACAAACCACGAAGAUUUCAGAACCUCUACCCGUUUGAAAAAUCUCUGCCAUCAUUAGUUGGAAUGGACUGUUUACUGGACAGAGGCUGGACCAAGCAAUCAGCGUUCUGGUCUCUGAUCGUGGAUGUGGUUCAGCAACCCAUCCAGUUUUCUUCAUCUUGAAAGAAUGUUUUCCAAAAUCUUCUCAAUUCCUGUACUUACGAAAAUCUUGGCAUGUUCUCGGAAUUCAAAUGUUCAAUUGACUCACAGUCACAUCGAGCU